AUGACUCAGCAACUUACAGGAAGAUCUGGUGAUGGAAAUUCAACAUCUCGCUCAUCCAGAUCGAAAACACAACAAAUUCAAUUAUCUGAUGAACAAAAACAAGAAAUUCGCGAAGCAUUUGAUCAAUUCGAUACAGAUGGAUCAGGAAGCAUUGAUGCAAAAGAGCUAAAGAUUGUUAUGCGAGCUUUAGGAUUCGAUCUUUCAAGAGAAGAAAUACGAACUCUCAUGAGAAAAGUUGUUGGUUCUGGAGAAGCUCCAGCAAUCGAUUUCAACUUAUUUAUGCAAAUGAUGGGUGACAUUAUAUCAAAGAGAGAUCCUGUUGCUGAAAUGCAAAAGGCUUUUGAAUUAUUCGAUAAAGAUGGCAAUGGAUCAAUAUCUCUCAAAGAUCUGAAAGCAGCUACAAUAGAACUUGGUGAAAAUCUAACAGAUGAAGAAAUUCGUUUAAUGAUUGGUGAAGCAGAUAGAGAUUUCGAUGGAGAAGUCAAUUUCAACGAAUUUGAACACGUUAUGAGACAAGUAGGUCUAUGUGGAUCAACAAAUACUGAAAAGAAAUGA